ACGAAGCAAGCAAGCAGAGAGGAGGCUGCUGAACUGGUAUCCUGUUCUACGUUUCUUUACAGCUAGUCAGUCAUAUACUAACCUGAGUGUGAUCAUGGCCCUAGUCCGGCUGUUCUACUCCCUCGCUGUGCUGCUUAAAUUGGCUCUGUCUGUGGACCAUGUACCCAUGCUGCUCUGGUCAACUCACAGCUCACUGUGGAACUCUGAAGCUGCUUUACAUGAGGGACACAUUAUCUCAAAGCAGGAGCUGCAUAUGCUACUGCAACCUGCGUUCACCCAGGAUUCCAAGAACCUUGUCUUGUUCCUUCAAGAUACACUUAGCAUCGAUGACUUCACGCAUUACAGUGAAUCUUAUGAAAAUGAGAAGCCAUUUCACAAUGUUCAGGAACUCCUUGAGUCUUCAUCAUCCUCUUUAGUUUUAUCAGCUGUUGAUUGUCAGGCUACCAGUUACCUUUUGGAUUAUCUUCAAGAAUCAAUGGAUUGGAAGCUAACAGACAUAGAUGAGUUUGAGGUAUCUAAGCUGGAAGUAGACACAUCCAAGCCCAACAUAUUUGUGAUAAGGCUGCAGCCAAUCAGCAGAUUAAAUGAUAUUUCUACUGCAAAGGCUUUUGCUGCAAAUGACAAAAUAAUUGGAAGACUGACUAUGAGUCUGCAAGAACAAGGAAUUCAGUUUUCAGUAAUUUAUACUGCAAUGAGACCGUCAAGGAUUCCCAGAAGACCCAAUGUAGUGUUGGAAUCAAGACGGCGACUCAUGGCCACUGAAGCGCAAGUGACAGAUGCACCCUAUCCACUGAAUGUGACCAAUGGAACCAGCACAUGCAUCCUUUUUUAUGCCAGUAAUUUCAGCCUCACAGCCAACAAAUCAGUUCAUGCGGAUUUGACAAAUUUAACAUUUGUGUCCCAUAAGGUGGACUUCAGUUCAUCUGUUUGUUCAGACGCCAAUGCAACGUUGUCAUUGAACUAUACUGGGUUAGUGGAUGGAAUCACCAACCUAAAAAUAAGAUUUCUCAUGACCCAGAAGUUCUAUAAAGGCUCUGCUCGAAAAUGGUUUACUUUAGAUUCUGUCGAGAUUGCACAUGACAACCAAAUUGUCGCUAGAUUUAAUGUCUCCAUCAUCUCUGCUCCUGCAGAGUAUUCAUUUCAUUGUCAGCUGGUGGGAACCAGCAGUCUCUAUGGUGCAAAGCUGAUUCCAGCCAAUAUUGAAGCAAAGAACUGGGAUGUUUACCUUUCAGAGUUCCAAAUUCAAGGCUUCAAUAUUCAUAAUAACUUGUUUUCCUACGCAAGUGACUGUACAUCUUUCUUCUCUCCUGGAAUCUGGAUGGGCUUGGUAACGUCAAUAGUUUUAUUAUGGAUCCUGACCUAUGGAAUCCACAUGAUCAUGCAGCUCACAACAAACAGUAGAUUUGAUGAUCCAAAAGGCCAAGUUCUAUCAGUUCCUCAAACAGAGUAGCAAUGGAUUGUUUUGAUAUUGCUUAAAUGUUUCUUAUUAGUAAGAUUAAGUUUUUGUCACGGUUAUUUUUAGUAAAAGUCAGGGACAGGCCACAGGCAAUAAAUAAAAGUUCACAGAAGCACACAAUCUGUCUGUGACUUUUACCAAAAAUAAAGAGCGGGGACUGACUGCCCAGGGGAUGGACAGCCUGAGCCCAUCAUCAGAGGAGGAUGGGGGCUGAAGUUGAAGAAGUCACAGAGGUUUGUUAAAAUCAUGGAAUCCGUGACCUCCAUGACUAAAUUAUAUCCUUACUUAUUAGUGAUGUGUGAUUUUUAUGUUCUUUACGCUUUAUAGUGAAUGUACUCUAAGCAGUUACUGUAAUAGAAAGGUUUAGUAAAACUCCACAAAUCUGGGCAAUGAAAUCCUUCCUGAAAAAGGGAACCUUAUUCUUGGCAACACUGAUGAUUCUACCAGCUGUUACCCAUUUGUUCAUAGUUGUCUGAGUUAGUCUACACUGCAAUUAAAAAGCCACUGGCAUCGAGUCUCAGAGCCCAGGUCAGCUGACUCAGGCUUGUGAGGCUCAGGCUGAGGGGCUAAAAGUUGCAGUGUAGAUGAUUGGGUAGAUGAUCGGGCUUGGGCAGGAUCCCAGGCUUUGAGGUUCCGCAAGGUGGGAGUGUCUCAGCCCAAGCCCCAAUGUCUACACUGCAGUUUUAUAGCCUUGUAGCCCAAGACCCGUGAGCCCAAGUCAGCUAACCCAGGCCAGCCACGGGUCUUUUAUCCCACCGUACAUGUACCCUUAGAGGCCUAAGGUGAAGCCAAUGGCAGUCUGGACUCUAACCAGCCAGUAGAAAGAAAAGUAAGAACUUCCAGCAGAAUCAUUAUUCUUGGGAGGAGAAGGAGGAGGGAUGCUUAUGUUUUUUAAAAAAAGACAUUCCCCUGGUAUUUUGGAGAUAAUCUUCGAAAACAAAAUGUUUAUUGAGAAAUUGUCUAUUGAAACUUCUCAAGUCUCCUUUAAAGUUUUUUUCCGUAAGUAUAAAGAAUAUCACAAAAAAGAUAUUAAUUACACAAGAGGCAAAAAGGUAACAUUUUUUAUGACAACUGGCAUAUGUGUUUUAUUUUGACAGUGUGAGUAACAGCUGGGAAAGUGGUAGAGAUACAUAAAUGAAGUGGAAGCAUGUUUUGAAAAGGUUUACUUUUUAAAAAAAAGACAACAUUAUUCAGACUACCCUUCAGAAAUGGCAGGAGCUUUGCAAAAAUGCGACUUCUAAAUUAUUUCUAGAAACUAAAGUUAAAUGGGAAUGAAAUAUUUAAAAAUGAAUAUUGGAAACAGAGAUUAAAAUAAUGUUAUCCUGUCAUAACAAAAAACAUAUUUUGGAUAUAUUUGAAGAAAAAAAUUAGCCUAGUGUUUGUAAAAGCCAAGGAGAGUUUGGUGCCUUACUCCCAUUUCAAUUUUAAUGGGAUUUUGCUGCUAACUCCCUUAAACACCUUUGAAAAUUCCAGCCUUAAAAGAGACCUGAAAAGGAUUUGUUGAAAACUGAAAACCUAUUUGUAGGGUUCCAAAAGGGGAAUCUUUCUCGCUGUUGUUCAGAAAUAUAUUAAGCCAUUUAUUGUAGAAAAAUACAAAUGAUGUGGAAAAAAAUC